AUGGACUCACCCAACGCCAUUCGACUCUGCGUGGACCUCCUCCAGGAUGCCUUCGGUGACGUGGUGGCCAAAGUCGGGGAAAUGCUGUUGGAAAGGGGUCAGCUGACCAUCCGAGAGAUUCUGGCUUAUGGAAAGGAGGUGGUUGAUGAUGACGAUCUGACUUUUUCUCAGGUCCGCAAUGCCUUGUUGGUUCUGACGCAGCACGGCCUUGUUAACUUUCAUCCUUUCCGACAGUCGCAAGACGGUAAAGCCCACGUUCAGGUGUAUGCCAUAGACAUUGAGGAGGUUCUCGCGCGGAUCCGCUUUCCACAGUACCUGGAGUACGUCGGAUGCAAGUAUGGUCCGCUCGGGCAGGAGCUCCUGGAAGUGGUCUUCAAGUUCGGCCGGGUGGCACGACAUGUCCUCCUCAAGGAGGCGUCGGCGUCCGGGCAGUCACCGUCUCCAGAGGAGAUCCAGGAGGCCUUGCGGCUGUUGGUCACCGAGCGGAUCCUGCGCCCCGUCGACAGAGAUCGCUCCUCCUCGUCUCGCCCGGAAACGGCCGCGGCCUCGACCGCGGCGUCGUCUGCGGGCCCUUCCGGCCUGGCUCGCCGGGAGCCUCGGCCUGACAAGCGGAAGAGGCCGCGACUCGAGGAUGUUAUUUCGGCCGGCGCCGCGGAGCUCAGCCGAGAGGAGCCGACUGAGGAAGCGAACGAGAUGAAAGAUGCGGUAUACCGCUACGACAGGGUGAACCUCGACCUGUGCCUUCGGAAAACCGCUCUCUGCCGGCUGGUGGAGGAACAGUCGAGUGAGCAUGCAGCAACGGCGAUGCAUGCAAUGCUGCAUUGGGUGGUGCCGAACCAAAGCGGCGAAGGUGUGACGUCAAACUACGCCAACCUGGAACAGGUGUACCAGAAAAGUGCUGGCCUUCUCAAAGCUGAGGGUCGCGAUCCCGCGCGUGUGAAGGAGAAGUUGCGCAGUAACCUCGACAUACUUGCCAAACACCAAGACCAGAUCUUGCGCAAGCGGGUUGCUGCCAUCAAGGAGUCCGACAUGAGCGAGUGGAUUGUGGACUGGGAUCGUGCAUGUGAGUGUCUGCGCAGGAUGGCCCUCUCACAGUUUAUCCGGGAUCGCUUUGGAAAGAUAGGCUUGCGGAUCUUCAACCUGCUUCUGGAGGAGAGUCCUCCGCAAAGGCUGGAAGAGGCUUACAUCUUCAAAGCAUGCAUGAUUCCGAUGUUGGAUGGGCGGGAGCUGCUCCAGAGCAUGGCCAAAAACUCUGUCUUGUGCUGGCAGCAGGUGGCUCGGAGCAGUGAUGGUGCCGUUGCAAAUUCCGUUUGGCUCUACUACGUGGACAUACGCCGCAUGGUUCCCUCGAUGUUGGAUCUGGCCUACAACGCAAUGCUGAACCUGAGGGUAAGGUUUAGAGCCGAAAGUGCUCGAGUGGCCCCAAUGGAGAGCCGUGCCCUGUCCCUGGGCUCACGAGCCAGGCAAAGUCUGCGACAAGGCCGACGUGUGGAGGACCUCCUUGAGCGCUCCUUCUUGCUGCUGGAUGCUUUGCCACUGCUCUGCCGAUGA